UAUCGCCGGAAAUAUUUUUCUAAUAAAAUUUUUCCGUUUCGUUACAAAACAAACACAGAGUGAACUCUAUUAAUACGUCGCGCGCGUAUUUCCCAACUAUGAAAUUUCGUAGAAUGAAAAACGUUCAAGUUCGCACACUCCCGAAAAUUCACGCGACCUGAAAUGCUGAAAAGACGACCAGAUCAAGCCGCAACGCCAUCGCAUGCAAAGUGCGCCGUUUAAAAUUAGAAAAUCGCAUGAAAUAUAUCUUGUAAAUAGAGAGGCUCCCGAUUUCGUGGUCUUUAUCGAACUUCUCGGCGAUAUCUGUGAUAUAUUGUUUUGUGUUUUCCACUGUAAUGCCUUCUUUGUCGUCUCCAACGCAGUCAAUGGACACCAUGUAUCCUGAACCAAUGUCAAGACUGCACAGAAGAGUGAUACCGAAAAAGAGACGAGGUGGUUCGUUCAGGUACAGGACACAGCCGGUAACUUUUUCAGAGAUUCAAGAAGUAGACGAGGAAAACAUCGAGGACUCAACACCGCAACCCAGUUGCUCCUCAAAAUCCGAGGUAGAACUAAACCUCCUCAACAAGAAAUUCGAAGAGUUCAAACGAGCAGCAGACAUGGGAAAACUGGAAAAGACAGAUUUCGACGACAGAAUAAGCGAGGCAGCAAAAAUUCUAUCGAACACGAGACCAAGCGCUAAACUGACAACCCGAACGUCGUUUUGAUGAAGAAAUUCGAUUUUUUAAAAGGACGUUAAGUAAUACAACUUAUUGGUGGUCUUACAGAGAACAGCAUUUAUAAUAGUUUAUAAUAGUGGAUACUACUUACUGUUGGUUGAAGAAAUCAGUAACGGUUGACAGUUUUCUGAGCCUUUAUUAGCAGCGUGUGGGUAGUCGAUUAAAUAGUGAUAUAUUUUUUUCAAUAGUAAGAGCCCUGAACCAGUUUUGAGCUUCACUACUGGAGUAAAAUAAUCAAAUACUGAUUUGAAUCAAUCCUCGAUACUUCAAAGUGUCUAAAAAUAUGAAGAAGAUGGCUUCAGAAAUUCACUGUUCAAUAUUGAGAGCGUCACCUUAUUCAUAUUCAUCCCCAGAUUAGAAUCAAUAUCAUGCGGUAGAAAUAGACCUGCCUUCAAAUAUUUUUGUUACCAGUGAGACAUAGAAGUCUCACAAAAUCGAAUACUCAUUUUAUAUAAAAAGAAAACAGCAAUUCUUCAUGACUGGUGCAUAUUACUACUGACUUCUGUAAUAAUUAUGAUACUGUCACGAAGAAGUAUAAUUUAAUACUUACUACUGUAUAGAGGACAAAUAUAAACACCUCUAAUAGUACUUAUAUAUGAAGCUGCAAAAAAGAUCUCUAGAAAAAAUAAAAAACGUCAAGGUAGAGUGUAAUUUAUUUUCCUAAAAGUAACAUGGAACGUAUAAUUUUAUUGUAAAUAACAUUUUAUAUUCAUGAAUAAUAGAAAUUUUCAAAUUUGA